AUGAAAUCUGACUUCAAGUUCUCGAACCUUCUAGGGACGGUCUACAGACAAGGCAACAUAGUCUUCUCCGAUGACGGCAAGCAGCUGCUCUCGCCCGUGGGGAAUAGGGUCAGUGUGUUUGACCUGAUCAAUAACAAAUCGUUCACCUUCGAAUACGAACACCGCAAGAACAUCGCGGCCGUGGACCUGAACAAACAGGGAACGCUGCUGCUCUCCGUCGACGAGGAUGGCCGCGCAAUCCUCGUCAACUUCAAAGCUCGCAACGUGCUCCACCAUUUCAACUUCAAAGAAAAAUGCUCCGCUGUGAAGUUCAGCCCGGAUGGCAAGCUCUUCGCACUGGCCUCGGGCAGGUUCUUGCAGAUCUGGAAGACCCCGGACGUCAACAAGGACAGGCAGUUCGCUCCCUUCGUCCGCUACAGAGUGCAUGCGGGACACUUCCAGGACAUCAUCUCUCUGACGUGGUCGCAGGACUCCAGGUUCCUCCUCACCACGUCCAAAGAUCUUAGUGCAAAGAUAUGGUCCGUGAACUCGGAAGAGACGGACCUCGCGGCAACCACGUUCAACGGCCACAGAGACUACGUCAUGGGAGCCUUCUUCAGUCAUGACCAGGAAAAAAUAUACACCGUGAGCAAAGACGGUGCUGUGUUUGUCUGGGAAUUCACCAAGAAGCCCACCGAUGACGAUGACGACGAUGGAAGCGACGACGAGCAAGACGACAUCUCGAAAUAUAGUUGGAGAAUCACAAAUAAGCAUUUUUUCUACGCAAACCAGUCCAAAGUAAAAUGUGUCACGUUCCAUCCAGCCACAAGACUGCUAGUGGUCGGGUUCACGAGCGGGGAGUUCCGUCUCUACGACUUGCCCGAAUUCACUUUGAUCCAGCAGCUCUCAAUGGGGCAAAACCCGGUCAACACCGUCACCGUGAAUAACACUGGUGAAUGGCUGGCAUUCGGCUCCAGCAAAUUGGGCCAACUACUGGUCUACGAAUGGCAGUCGGAAUCCUACAUUCUGAAACAACAGGGCCACUUUGAUUCCACAAACAGUCUGGCAUACUCUCCGGACGGUUCACGCGUGGUAACGGCAUCCGAUGACGGAAAGAUCAAGGUCUGGGACGUCACCUCCGGGUUUUGCUUGGCCACUUUCGAAGAACAUACCUCCUCGGUGACCGCGGUUCAGUUCGCCAAGAGGGGCCAGGUUAUGUUUUCGUCGUCCAUGGAUGGUACCGUGAGAGCGUGGGACCUAAUUAGAUAUCGUAAUUUCAGGACCUUCACCGGUACAGAAAGAAUCCAAUUCAAUUGUUUGGCGGUCGAUCCAUCCGGUGAAGUCGUCUGUGCAGGGUCUUUGGAUAAUUUCGAUAUUCACGUUUGGUCCGUGCAAACCGGCCAAUUACUAGAUGCGCUAUCCGGCCACGAGGGCCCCGUUUCGUGUCUUUCCUUUAGUCAGGAGAACAGUGUUCUAGCGUCUGCAUCCUGGGAUAAAACAAUCAGAAUUUGGUCAAUCUUUGGCAGAAGUCAACAAGUGGAACCUUUGGAAGUCUAUUCUGACGUUUUGGCCCUGUCUAUGAGACCGGACGGGAAAGAAGUGGCAGUUUCCACUUUGAAGGGCCAAAUCUCAAUCUUCAAUAUCGAAGAUGCCAAACAGGUGGGCAAUAUCGACUGUAGAAAGGAUAUCGUCUCUGGUAGAUUCAACGAAGAUAGAUUCACAGCCAAGAAUUCCGAAAGAUCCAAAUUCUUCACCACGAUCCACUACAGUUUCGACGGGAUGGCAAUCGUGGCUGGUGGUAACAACAACUCCAUCUGUUUGUACGAUGUUCCAAAUGAAGUUCUAUUGAAAAGAUUCAUUGUAUCCAGAAAUAUGGCUUUGAACGGUACUUUGGAGUUCUUGAACAGUAAGAAAAUGACUGAAGCAGGUUCGUUGGAUUUGAUCGAUGAUGCAGGUGAGAAUUCAGACUUGGAGGAUCGUAUUGACAACUCCCUGCCAGGCUCCAAAAGAGGUGGCGAUCUAUCAACUAGGAAAAUGAAACCCGAGGUCAGAGUCACUUCGGUCCAAUUCUCUCCAACAGCAAGUGCAUUUGCUGCUGCCUCCACAGAAGGUUUGUUAAUAUAUUCCACCAAUGACACAAUAUUAUUUGAUCCAUUUGACCUGGAUGUGGAUGUCACUCCACUUUCCACAGUAGAGGCGCUACGAGAAAAGCAAUAUCUAAAUGCCUUGGUAAUGGCAUUUAGAUUGAACGAAGAAUAUUUGAUCAAUAAAAUUUAUGAGUCUAUACCAAUUAAAGAAAUCCCACUGGUAGCAAGCAAUAUCCCUGUAGUAUAUUUACCAAGAAUCCUAAAAUUCAUCGGUGAUUUUGCUAUGGAUUCACAACAUAUCGAGUUUAAUCUCAUUUGGAUCAAAGCCUUGUUAUCUGCAAACGGUAGUUACAUGAAUGAGCACAAAUAUCUUUUCUCUACCGCUAUGAGGUCGAUACAGAGAUUUAUCGGUAGGGUGGCUAAGGAUGUGGUUACUACUGCUACUGAUAAUAAGUACUCCUACAGAUUCUUGACAUCGACUGAUGGAUCUGUUGAAGACGACGGUGGUGAUGAUGACGAAGUUCUUCUGGAAGAUGACCUAGAGGAAGAUAAAGAGGAAGACGAUGUGGCCAUGGAAUCUGACGACGAAGAAGGCUGGAUUGGUUUCAAUGGGAAGGAUACCAAAUUGCCUUUGUCCAAUGAAAACGACUCCAGUGAUGAAGAAGAGGAAGACAAGAAAGAGCUUCUUUAA